CCUGGAAACACCUCGUUCCCAGCCUGCCAGCCAGCAACACAGUUGACACCACUCGAUCCGUCACCAACUCAACCCCAUCGAACCGUAACCCCAUCACUGUCGCGAGUCCCGACUCUUCCCAACAACACGCAUCAUCCCACACCACCACUCCACGUUCCGCACGGCAAUCUCCAAUUCAUUCCAUAUCCAACUUAUUGAUACAGCUUCGCGCGACAACACAUCCACAAUGUCCGAUCUCUGCCCUGUUUACGCGCCCUUCUUCGGUGCCAUGGGCUGCACAGCAGCCAUCGUCUUCACCUGCCUUGGUGCCUCGUACGGUACUGCCAAGUCUGGUGUUGGUAUCGCUGCCAUGGGUGUCCUCCGCCCUGACCUCAUCGUCAAGAACAUUGUUCCCGUCAUUAUGGCUGGUAUCAUCGGUAUCUACGGUCUCGUCGUCUCCGUAUUGAUUUCCGAUGCUCUUACACAGGACCACUACGCUCUCUACACUGGCUUCAUCCAACUCGGUGCUGGUCUCGCCGUCGGUCUUGCUGGUCUCGCUGCUGGUUUCGCGAUUGGUAUUGUCGGUGAUGCUGGUGUCCGUGGAACUGCUCAACAACCCAGACUCUUCGUCGGCAUGAUUCUUAUUCUCAUUUUCGCCGAAGUCUUGGGUCUUUACGGUUUGAUCGUUGCUCUUUUGAUGAACUCCAAGGCCACGCUCAACACCUCAUGCUAGAUGCCCGAAUACCAAAAGACCUCGGUCUAGGUCUCCCCACCGGUAUGGGUGUGACAAGCACGUGCACACGAACUACAUAGAGCCCCAUACCUGGAACCUAAACAACGAAUGAUUUAAGAACACGAACGGAUUCUCAUAUCCUCGCCGCACACAUCCUUCAGCUCUUCCCAUUUGUCGCUCAGCCGGCUAAUCACGCAAAACAAGGGCUUUCUUCUUGUUUGGGUGGAUGACAUGGUGGGCGGCACCUUAGGGCUGGAAGCUGAAGUCGGGAGGAAAACACAACGAUAACAGAGAGAGAGUGAGGGGGGAAGACUAUGAAAACACAGGAGAGCUGGCGCAUAUCUUUCGGAAGGGGAAAGGCGUCACUCGCGGAGUUUCUCAACGGGCAUUGCGUUUAUUAUGGAAAGCAUGUCACAUGUGUACAAUUGUCACAAUUACGGUGUGGUCAAACGCAAAGCAUUACAUCUCAUUUUUUAUACGGCUGGUUGCUUUUUUUUUUGCUUUUCUGUAAAGAGUUUGUUUUUCGACUCUGAUCACCAUAGACAGGGACGAAGGGUGAGAAGGAGGCACGCAUGAAGGAAGGAUGAAGGGCGGGAUGAACGGUAAAAGACUUUGUUGUAGGUUGGGUUGUGUUGCAAUGCAUGCUCUAUUUCUUAUGAAUGUGAAGGGAAAGAAGUUGUGCUUGCUUGGUUGUGCGUUACCUUUCUGUCUCGUUCAUGUCCUUGUUAUUCCACCUGAUAGACUGGCAUAGGUAGACUAGGAAGCCGCAUCAACACACCACUAGAGUUCACUGC